CCAAACACCACCACCACCAAAAAAGACCAUCUCCAAGCUUCGUCUAUAAAACCCUUAAAUUCUCAUCUUAACUCUUCUCAGGUUUCGUGUAACAUCUCUCUCACACACACACCACAUUUGUCGAAAUCUCAACACCAAACCCAAUUAUAAAAAAAAAAAAAACUUUGUUUUAAUCAAAGUAUACGAAAAUGGCGCUUAUGAACGGAAGCAUGAAUCUAACAUCGGUCAAACCAUCGAUGAUCAACCACCGUUCCUCCGCCGUCCAAAAACCCACAUCCUUCCGGAUCUCCGCCGUACAAACCGACCCAAAAACGUCAUCGGCGGCGACUCCGACUCCGGCAGCGUUGACGAAGACCGUUGGUGUUAAUGUGGGUAAAGGUAAAUGGGCACCAGAGAGCUGGAGGAACAAGACGGCUUUACAACAACCGGAGUAUCCAGAUUUGGCUGAGCUCGAAGCCGUGCUUCAGACGAUCGAAGCUUUUCCUCCGAUCGUGUUCGCCGGAGAAGCUAGAUUGCUCGAGGAGCGUUUAGGACAAGCUGCCAUGGGUGAAGCGUUUCUGUUACAAGGAGGAGAUUGUGCUGAGAGUUUCAAAGAGUUCAAUGCCAAUAACAUUCGUGACACUUUCAGGAUCCUUCUUCAGAUGGGUGCUGUGUUGAUGUUUGGUGGCCAAGUCCCUGUUGUUAAGGUUGGGAGAAUGGCGGGUCAAUUUGCGAAGCCGAGAUCGGAUUCGUUUGAGGUGAAAGAUGGAGUGAAGUUGCCGAGUUACAGAGGAGAUAACAUUAAUGGAGAUGCGUUUGAUUCGAAAUCGAGGAUCCCUGAUCCACAGAGGAUGAUUAGAGCUUAUUGUCAAUCUGCUGCUACUUUGAAUCUUUUGAGAGCUUUUGCUACUGGUGGUUAUGCUGCUAUGCAGAGAGUUACUCAAUGGAAUCUUGAUUUCACUGAACGUAGUGAGCAAGGAGACAGGUACCGUGAACUAGCUAACCGUGUUGAUGAAGCGCUCGGUUUCAUGCACGCUGCUGGACUAACGCUCGAUCAUCCCAUAAUGCAAACAACUGACUUCUGGACUUCCCAUGAGUGUUUGCUCUUGCCUUAUGAACAAUCACUAACAAGGCUUGACUCGACCUCUGGUCUCUACUAUGAUUGUUCUGCUCAUAUGAUUUGGGUUGGUGAGCGAACCAGACAGCUUGACGGUGCCCACGUUGAGUUCUUAAGAGGUGUUGCUAAUCCUCUUGGAAUCAAGGUGAGUGAUAAGAUGGAUCCAAAGGAGCUAGUGAAGCUUAUUGAGAUCUUGAAUGCUGACAAUAAGCCUGGAAGGAUUACUAUAAUCACAAGAAUGGGAGCAGAGAAUAUGAGAGUGAAGCUUCCUCAUUUGAUCAGAGCUGUGCGACGCGCUGGACAGAUUGUGACUUGGGUCAGUGAUCCAAUGCACGGAAACACUAUUAAGGCUCCUUGUGGUCUAAAGACUCGUCCCUUUGACGCCAUCUUGGCUGAAGUGAGGGCGUUCUUCGACGUACACGAGCAAGAAGGGAGCCACCCGGGAGGAGUUCACUUAGAGAUGACUGGUCAGAACGUGACCGAGUGCAUCGGUGGUUCACGCACAGUCACCUUCGACGACUUGGGCUCACGUUACCACACUCACUGUGACCCCCGUCUUAAUGCUUCACAGUCUCUCGAGCUCUCCUUCAUCAUCGCCGAACGUCUUAGAAAGAGACGCAUCAAGUCUCAACAGGCUUUUUCCGUCUAAUCAAAUAAACUUGUGCUUAUAAGUAAUAUCUAUCUAUCUACAUAUAAAUGUGUGUGUGUGAGAACUCAAUACGAUCCCAUUUUAUCUUUUGAUUCAAAUCUUGGGUCAAUAGAACGCUUAAGGUUUUGUUUUUUAAUGUUGUUAGUGAGUAUUACUUCCAUUUUGGAUUUAAUAAAAUUAUGGACGGUUGAAUUUUACUAAUGUUGUAAACAGUUUUGUGUAUAUUGAACUAAAUGUUUGGGUUUUAA